AUGACGUCUCCAGCCAAAUUCCGAAAGGACAAGGAGAUCGUGGCCGAAUAUGAAACUCAAGUUAAAGAGGUCCGUGCCCAGCUGGUGGAGCAGCUCAAGUGUCUGGACCAGCAGUGUGAGCUGAGGGUGCAGCUGCUUCAAGACCUGCAGGACUUCUUCAGGAAGAAGGCCGAAAUUGAGAUGGACUACAGCCGUAACUUGGAGAAGUUAGCCGAGCGGUUCCUCACAAAGACGCGCAGCACCAAGGACCACCUCCUCAAGAAGGAGCAGAGCAUUCUAUCUCCGGUGAACUGCUGGAACUUGUUACUGCUUCAGGUGAAGAGGGAGAGCCGUGAUCGCGCCACUCUGUCCGACCUCUACCUCAACAAUAUCAUCCCUCGGUUUGCACAGAUCAGCGAGGACUCCGGGCGCCUCUUCAAGAAGAGCAAAGAGGUCGGCGUGCAGCUGCAGGAAGAUCUGAUGAAAGUUCUUAAUGAGCUUUAUUCGGUGAUGAAGACCUACCACAUAUACAACACUGACAGCAUCAAUGCCGAGUCCAAACUGAAGGAUGCGGAGAAGCAGGAGGAGAAGCAGAUGGGGCGCUCCAGCCGUCAGGAGGACCGCCAGACGCCGCGCUCCCCCGACACCCUGGCCAGCAUCAAGACCGACGAGAAGCCGGCGCGGCGCUCCAGCGUCAAAAAAAUCGAGAAGAUGAAGGAGAAGAGACAAGCCAAGUACACAGAGAACAGGCUGAAGGCCAUCAAGGCCCGGAACGAGUACCUGCUGGCACUGGAGGCGACCAACAGCUGCGUCUUCAAAUAUUACAUCCAUGACCUCUCCGACAUCAUUGAUUGCUGUGACCUGGGCUACCAUGCCAGCCUGCACCGUGCCCUGAGGACCUACUUAUCAGCCGAACAGAAUGUAGAGACGUCCAAACACACAGGCUUGGAGACACUGGAGGGAGCAUCAGAGAGUCUGGAGCCCAACGGGGACAAACAGAAACUGAUGGAGACCUACAACAACGUCUUCUGCCCACCAGCUCGCUUUGACUUCCAGUCCCACAUGGGCGACAUGAUGGGAGUGAUGUGUGCACAGCAGCCACUGGAAGUUGAGCUACACCAGAGGUGCCAGUUGCUGCAGUCCCGUCUCUCCACUCUGAAGAUUGAGAAUGACGAGGUGAAGAAAACCAUGGAGGCCACUCUGUCUACCAUUCAAGACAUGGUGACCGUGGAGGAUUAUGACGUAUCCGAGUGCUUCCACCACAGCAAUAGCAUGGAGUCAGUCAAGUCUACUUUCAGCGAGUCAUACCUGAGCAAACCCAGUCUGGCCAAGCGACGGGCCAAUCAGCAGGAGACAGAGCAGUUUUACUUCACGAAACUGAAGGAGUUUCUGGAAGGCAGGAGCCUGAUCACCAAGCUGGAAGCCGAGCAUGACCUCAUCGAGAAGACCCUGGGAGAGAGUCAGAAAACUGACUGUUGCCUUGCCAGUGGAAGGAGAAACUCAACAGUACGGAAGCAGGACUCGGGUGAAGCCAUUCCUUUGAUGGUUGAGAGCUGCAUCCGCUUCAUCAGUCGCCAUGGUCUUCAGCAUGAGGGAAUCUUCCGAGUGUCAGGCUCUCAGGUGGAGGUCAAUGACAUCAAAAAUGCAUUUGAAAGAGGAGAAGACCCGCUGGCCGGAGACCAGAAUGACCACGACAUGGAUUCCAUUGCUGGUGUCCUGAAGCUCUACUUUAGGGGACUUGACCAUGCACUCUUCCCUAAAGAAGUCUUCCAUGAUCUCAUAUCCUGUGUCUCCAUGGAGAGCCUCCAGGAACGGGCAGUCCACAUUAAGAAAGUUCUGCAGUCCCUGCCAAGUAAAACUUUAAUCAUCAUGAGAUACCUGUUUGCCUUCCUCCACCACCUGUCUCAGUACAGCGAGGAAAACAUGAUGGACCCCUACAACCUGGCCAUCUGUUUCGGCCCCACCCUGAUGUCUGUCCCCGAGGGCCAUGAUCAAGUCUCUUGCCAGGCCCACGUCAACGAACUCAUCAAAACUAUCAUCAUCCAUCAUGACACUAUCUUUCCGGGGCGGCAGGACCUUCAGGGUCCAAUUUACACCGUCCCCGGAGCAGGGGAUGACUUCUGUGACAGUCCACACUGUGAGCCCCCCCUUGUGGAAGAGCCGGCGCCCGACACUGUCUGUGUGGGCCAAAACAGCGAGGAUGGCUCCUUGGCUGUUUCAGAGUCUGAACCGAUUGAAGCCAUUGCUCGGUUCGACUACACCGGCCGAACCAAUCGAGAGCUGUCUUUCAAAAAGGGCGCCUCUCUGCUCCUGUACCAGCGGGCCUCUGAUGACUGGUGGGAGGGACGCCACAAUGGAGUGGAUGGGCUGGUGCCACACCAGUACAUCGUUGUUCAGGACAUGUCUGAUUUGGGACGUGGAAGUCCAAAGCCCGAUGUGGACAGCAGGGAUCUGCUGGAGGAGAGGGUGUCCACUCGAGGCAGUGCCGCUUCUCCCACUGGAGCUCAUGUGGCGGAUAUCUAUCUGGCCAACCUUAACAAGAUGAGGAGACGGCCGGAGCCCGGGAACAUAAGGAGAACAUUCCGCUCGGACAGUGACGGCACAAGUCCAGGAGCCAGCAGCAGUGGGACGGGAGGCGUGAGGACGGCCUCCCUCCCCGUUGGAGGGGCUCUGGUCAAAGACACGGGAGACAAGCGGCCGGUCAGCGCUCACAGCAUCCUCAACUCGGUCACUCGCCACUCCUCGCUCAAGACAAAGGUGGAGAGUCCACAGCUACGGAAGACCACCUCAGCGGGGCGCUCCAAGAGCUUCAGUAACCACAGACCACUGGACCCCGAGCUCAUAGCCCAGGUGGAGCACAGCUCACAGGACAUUCAGGACUCGGCCCUGACCGAGCUCAGUAAGCUGGAACGUCAGAGCGCCUCCAAACACACACACGCCCCCGACGUGGUCCUGGACACACUGGAGCAGCUGAAAAGCGUAGGCGGAGGAGGAGGAGGAGGAGGAGGAGGAGCGUCGGAGCCCUCCAGUCCGCUCCACACCCGCCUGCUGCGGGACCCCGAGGGGGGCUCCUCGCACGGCCACCCGCUCCAGCGCAGCGCCUCGUCGGCCAGCGACGUGCCGUCCUCCUUCCGGCCCGCCCGCAGCCAGCCCCGCAGCCCCCUGCCCUCCGCCACCUCCCCCUCCUUGUCCACCUCUCUCUCCUCGUCCGUGCCCUCCUUCAGAGAGCUGCGCCCCCCGGCCACAAGACCAAAGCCGGUGGUGUUCCCCAAAGGUGGCGGGGGGAGCAGCAGUCCAGCAAUGGGCUCCCCAACGUCCACCGUUCCCCCAACACCUCCCACUCCACCGGCCAGCCACACGCAUUCUCUCUCCCACACCCCUCCUCCUCCGCCGCCACCUCAAUCUAACGACAAAUCUUGCCCGGCUUAA